AUGAAACCAAUUAAUUACCCUUUGAUUUAUGUCUUAGAAGAAGAGAGGAAAAAAGUAACUGCUGAGAAGAAAGGUGUUCCUGAAAUUAAAAAGAAAGAAGUGGAAGAGGAAAAAAUGGUAAUCCAUGGGAAGAAAGAUGUUUCCGAUAUUCAAGCAAAAAGGAAAAAAGAAGAAAAAAGGAAAACUCCUGAGAGGACAGUACUCUCUGUAGUUAAAAAAGCAGACACAAAAGAAGUCGUUUCCACCAAAGACCUGAAAAAGCCAGCAAAAACUCCUACAUCCCCCCAGCCAGUUUCUGUAAAAGUGGCAACACCAGCAGACAAGCCAAAGAAGGCUGCACAUGUGAAAGAAUCUGAAACACACAAAAAAGAAAAGCCAAUAGAAAUAGCCAAAGUGCCAAAGAAACAUGUGCAUGUAAAGAAAACUGAACCAGACAAGAAAGAAAAGUCAAUAGAAAUAGCCAAGCUGCCAAAGAAGGCUGUGUAUGCAAACAAAACUGAAGCAGACAAGAAAGAAAAGCCAAUAGAUCUAGCCAAGCUGCUAAAGAAGGCUGUGCUUGCAAAAAAACCUGAACCCCACAAGAAAGAGAAGCCAAGAGAAAUGGUCAAAGUGACAAAAAAAGAUGUGCAUGAAAAUAAAACUGAACCUCACAAGAAAGAAAAGCCAUUAGAAACAGCCAAACUACUGAUGAAGGAUAUCCAUGUAAAAGAAUCUGAGCCCCAGAAGAAAGAGAAGCCAAGAGAAAUGGCCAAAGUGCCAAAGAAAGAUGUGCAUGUAAACAAAACGGAAUCCCACAAGAUGGAAAAAACAUUAGAAACAGCCAGGCUACCGAUGAAGGAUAUCCAUAUAAAAGAAUCUGACCCCCACAAAAAAGAAAAGCCAAGAGAAAUGGCCAAACUGCCAAAGAAAGAUGUGCAUGUAAAAAAAUCUGAACCCCACAGGAAAGAAAAGCCAUUAGAAACAGCCAAGCUACCAAUGAAAGAUAUCCAUGUAAAAGAAUCUGCCAAACUGCCAAAGAAAGAUGUGCUUAUAAACAAAACUGCCAAGCUUCUAAUGAAGGUUAUUCAUAUAAAAGAAUCUGAACCCCACAAGAAAGAGAAGCCAAGAGAAAUGGCCAAAGUGCCAAAGAAAGAAGUAAACAAAGCCGAAACACAUAAGAAGGAAAAGCCAAUAGACAUAGCAAAGCUGCCAAAAAAGGAUGUGCAUGUGAAAGAAACUGCGCCCCAGCCCAAAAAGGAUAUCCAUAUUCAAGAAUCUGCCAAAAUGCCAAAGAAACAUGUGCGUGUAAAGGAAUCUGAAACACAUAAGAAAGAAAAGCCAACAGAAACUGCCAAGCUGCCAAAGAGUGAUGUGCACUUAAAAGAAACUGAAUCACACAAGAAAGAAAAGUUGGCAGAAACGGCCAAGCUGCCAAAGAAGGAUAUUCAUGUAAAAGAAUCUGCCAAAGUGUCAAUGGAAGACGUACAUGUAAAUAAAACUGAGUGUCACCCACAGCUUGCUAAUAAACAACCAAAUGUAGAAGUAAUUUUCUGGUCUUCUUACUUUCCAGAAGCAAGUAAGAAAGGGAAACAAAUAGAAACAGCCAAGCUGCCAAAGAAGGCUGUGCAUGCAGACCAAACAGCCAAGCUGCCAAAGAAGGCUGUGCAUGCAGACCAAACAGACAAACUGCUAAAGAAGGAUAUCCAUGUAAAAGAAUCUGAAGCAGACAAGAAAGAAAAGCCAAUUGAAAUAGCCAAGCUGCCCAAAAAGCCUGUGCAAGCAAGCAAAACUGAAACAGACAAGAAGGAAAAGCCAGUAGAAAUUGCCAAGCUACCAAAGAAGGAUAUUCAUAUAAAAGAAACUGCUUUACAAGAAAAGAAAGAAGAAAGACCUAGCAAGGCAGGAGAACAAGAUGAGAAAAAAGCAGAAAAAUCUUUGAGAGAAAAGAAAGAAAAACAUGGAAAAACAGUUGAAAAGACACCCUUGAAAGUAAAACAUGAUAAAGCUGCUGUUCGCUACUAUCAAUGUGUCUUUGUAAAUGGAAUUAAUGGUUACACUCCUCGAUAUUCUGUUACUCAAGAAAAACCUGCUGAUCCCAAGUUGAAGGCACGGAAACAAUAA